AUGUCGGACAACCAGAGUGGAAUGGUAAUCUGGCAUCCAUUGCCGCCAGAGUCUGAUGCUAAUAGUCUUGUUGACAUCGUCUUUCUUCACGGUCUCAACGGCUCCAUUGGAAACACUUUUACUCAAACCACCGGAAGAUUUGGAAAGCGACACCGUGUGACGUGGCCGAGAGAUCUUCUUGGGGAAGAUCUCACGGUGAACGGAACUCUGCAGGCCAGGAUAAUGGGGUUCGGCUUUGACGCUGACCUCUUUAACUUCUUCGGCCGGAAGGGUCGCGAAACCAUCGCCAGCACUGCGGAUACAUUUCUGUCUGCUUUGGCCAACGUGAGACGGGAGGACUACCAGCGGGAACGUCCGCUGAUAUUCUUUGGACACAGCCUAGGAGGCCUGAUCAUCAAGAGAGCACUGGUGAAAGCUUGGAAUGAAGAUGACCCAAGCAGUGGAGACGUAUUUCGCCGGAGAAGACUCACCGCGACCAGUACAAGAGCCAUCAUUUUUGCGGGAACUCCGCACCGCGGGGCAGAUGCUGCUCAACUAGCAACAUGGAGCACAUCAUGGUUAGCCGCCUUCGGCGUACCGACAUCGGAUGAAAACCUCAGAGAACUACAACUCGGCUCAAACACAACGCAGAUGCUCCGUGAAGAGUUUUCGGUUUUUAGACGCAAGCUACGUGAUAGCCGGAUGAAUAUGACGCCUCCACGACCAGAUAUCACGAUAUACACUUUCUGUGAGAGUUUGCCAAUGCCAGUGAUUGUGACCAAAGAAUCCGCACAAAUGGAUAGUCAAAACGAAAUAAUCGUCUCCAUUGAGAGGCGCGAUCAUCGGACCAUGGUCAAAUUUGAAAAUCGGACCGAACCAGGCUAUAUACAGUUUGUCGCAGCGAUGAAGGAUGUGAUUGAUGAGGUGCGGCGGGAAAAGAUGGCCUCUUCGUCGAGGCCUUUGACGCCGUAUUCAACCACUUCCUCCCCCAGUGCAACACGGAACUAUGCUUUGAUGCCCCAAGCCCACGAACAUUUUGUCUGGCAUAACCACGAUCAGCACAACAGCCCACAGCAUCUUCUUCAGGGAAGACAAGCAGAAUACUAUACGGAAUCGACACCGGGCUCCUUGAAAGGCCUUGGCAUUUAUUCGAAUCCUCAUCAUGAAUCACCACGGAGCUCAGCUGAACUUACCAUAUCUCCACAGAGUGUCUCGCCAGCCACAGUUACACCUUACGAGUCCUACCACCCGACUAGCACACACCAGAAAACACGUGAUGCUGAAGUGGAAAGUCUUCUUGAAGCCGGAAGAGACAGAAGGCUUGCGGCGACUCACACGCGCGACACAGUGCAAGCACUGAGGCUAUUUGAAAGAGCGCUUCACGUGUCGCAGCAGUCUCGCUCGCCUGACUUAUGCAACAAAACACACGCUUACUUCGGGAUGACUGACUGUUUCAGUGAUCUUAGUGAGAGCAAAAGUUCAAAGCUUAAUCUCAUUCAAAAGAUAGAGUACGUUCGAAGAGCCAAGAAUGCUUGCAGCGAGGCAUUACAGCUGGCACAACAAGGCGACAACCCCGGCCAGGCGAGGCGAGCGCGAAUAUACCAGGCCCGUGCAGAUGCGCAAGAUGUGAUUCUUAGAAGCCAGCUACCAGUCAAAGAUUACGGUCAACUACGGACUGCCAAGCAAGCUGCGGCGCUUGCGCUUCAGGAGAGUCUGAGCGAAUUGCAGCGCGAUGUCAACCGUGAACAUUUAUUAUGGAAUCUCGCAGAGAAAAAGCUGGCUCAGUUGAACGAGGUCAGGUUGCGUACGCCAGUGCGGGACUAUUCUUUCAACCAUAUUGAUAGAGUUGUCAGCCAACCAAGAUAA